GUCAGCUUUGUGCUUAUCGGCUACAGGGCCUAGUUCACUACCUAGAUGACUCUCAAGGUUGUUUCGCGCUUGCAAUAUGGACUGAGAAGAUGAGCAUUUCCUUUCAGCGUGGGUAGCUAUUUGCUUUGCAAGGAGCUGUUAUUGUCAGCACGAAAACAGCAGGUCAGGAGCAGGCUGAAGAGGAAUGGAGGGUCCUAUGUGAUAGUACUGGGCCCACCAGAUAAUCCAGCAUGAUCUCUUCAUUAUGAAAUACUUCAUCAAAUUUGCAAAGUCCCUUUUGUUAUAUAAGGAUGUGGAAGAGUUGACUCAGAAAAGGAAUUUGAAACGGAUUUUUAGACCGCACUUUAUUAUGUGCACAGAAGAGUUGAAAAGGAAGUUCUGAUGAGGAUAUAGGACGGCACCUCAUGGGGUCUUCCUGCCACCCUAAGAAAAACAUCCCUACUGUCCAGGACUUUGGUGAUUCAUCAGCAUUCCAGCAAACUACCCAGCUGUUUGAAACAGCAGAUCUGCGGUUUCCCUCCCGUUGGCCGUGCUGUGAGGGUGCCAGCUUCUGCGCGUGAUUUAAUGGAUCAGAAGGAGGUGUCAGUGAAAAAAAAGGUCCAGAAUGAUUACUAACCUAUGACUCCCAACAGUAUGACAGAAAAUGGCCUUCCAGCCUGGGACAAACCAAAGCACUGUCCAGACCGAGAACACGACUGGAAGCUAGUAGGAAUGUCUGAAGCCUGCCUCCAUAGGAAGAGCCAUGCGGAGAGGCGCAGCACAUUGAAAAAUGAACAGUCGUCACCACAUCUCAUCCAGGCCACUUGGACUAGCUCGAUAUUCCAUCUGGACCAUGACGAUGUGAACGACCAGAGCAUUGCAAGUGCCCAGACCUUCCAAACAGAAGAGAAGAAAUGUAAAGGGUACAUCCCCAGUUAUUUAGACAAGGAUGAGCUAUGUGUAGUGUGUGGUGACAAAGCCACCGGGUACCACUACCGCUGCAUCACGUGUGAAGGCUGCAAGGGUUUCUUUAGAAGAACCAUUCAGAAAAAUCUCCAUCCAUCCUAUUCCUGUAAAUAUGAAGGAAAAUGUGUCAUAGACAAAGUUACCAGAAAUCAGUGCCAGGAAUGUCGCUUUAAAAAAUGCAUCUAUGUUGGCAUGGCAACAGAUUUGGUCCUGGAUGACAGCAAGAGACUGGCAAAGAGGAAGCUGAUUGAGGAGAACCGGGAGAAAAGACGGCGGGAAGAGCUGCAGAAAUCCAUUGGGCACAAGCCGGAGCCCACAGACGAGGAGUGGGAGCUCAUCAAAACUGUCACCGAAGCCCAUGUGGCCACCAAUGCCCAAGGCAGCCACUGGAAGCAGAAACGGAAAUUCCUGCCAGAAGAUAUUGGACAAGCACCAAUAGUAAAUGCCCCAGAAGGUGGAAAGGUUGACUUGGAAGCCUUCAGCCAUUUUACAAAAAUCAUCACACCAGCAAUUACCAGAGUGGUGGAUUUUGCCAAAAAGUUGCCUAUGUUUUGUGAGCUGCCAUGUGAAGACCAGAUAAUCCUCCUCAAAGGCUGCUGCAUGGAGAUCAUGUCCCUUCGUGCUGCUGUGCGCUAUGACCCAGAAAGUGAGACUUUAACCUUGAAUGGGGAAAUGGCAGUGACGCGGGGCCAGCUGAAGAACGGGGGUCUUGGGGUGGUGUCGGACGCCAUCUUUGACCUGGGCAUGUCACUGUCUUCUUUCAACCUGGAUGACACUGAAGUAGCUCUCCUUCAGGCGGUCCUGCUAAUGUCUUCAGACCGCCCAGGGCUUGCCUGCGUUGAAAGAAUAGAAAAAUACCAAGAUAGUUUCCUGCUGGCCUUUGAACACUAUAUCAAUUACCGAAAACAUCAUGUGACACACUUUUGGCCAAAACUCCUGAUGAAGGUGACAGACCUGCGGAUGAUUGGAGCCUGCCAUGCCAGCCGCUUCCUGCACAUGAAGGUGGAAUGCCCCACGGAACUCUUUCCCCCAUUGUUCUUGGAAGUAUUCGAGGAUUAGACUGACUGACUUCAUUCUCAUAAUUCCUACAGCACUACUGGGUGUCAUUUCAUUCCAUUGCCUAGAUCUUUUUUGUUUGUUCCUUUGUUUCUUUGUGUUGGGAGGGACUGUUUGGGGGUAAAGGGAGGUAGUCCUUAGCAUAGACAUGGAUGAAAUUGCCCCUUGAAUGCGGGUAUUUGUAACUAUUGCAUUUUGUUCUCCUGUCCUUUGAUGUGAAUGCUUUGAAGAUUUUACAGUUGUGGAGGUGGGAUGGGGACAAUCAUUAAUUCACCAGCACCAAGCCAUCACCAGCUCCCAUCUGUCCCUGGUCAGAGACUGAAGCAAGCAAACUGGUGUGGCAGAAAACUAACGAAGCCUUAAAACCAAGAUAAUAUGGUCAUCUGGAUCUGGUCCUGAUUUUUGCAGGGCUCAAAUUGGUAUGGUGCAAACCACCUUCGGUUAGAUGUGGCUUUCAGCUUUCUAGGGAAAGGUCUGAACUGGUUUUUAUCUAUUCAAGAGCAUGCUGUUUUCAGCACUCUUCAUUCUCUCCUAGCAGCAUAACUUGGAAUGUAUAGAAAUAUUUUUUCCUCAAAAAUCAGCUGUCCUUUCACUCUAAUUUUUAUAAUCCUAUGAUUUCACUCAAGUUAUACAAGGGUGUGACUCAAAGAUGUGCAGGUAUCUGACUGACUGAGGCCAACAAGGGAAACAAUUUUCCUCAGCAAGCCCAAAGAAAUUAGAAAGCUUCACUAAUGUCAAUGACUCAACAGUUUCCAAAAAGCCACAUGGUGUUACCUCAGAGUAGGAAGGCUGCUUUACAGUUUAGGCUCAGAGAAAAUUUCUACCAAAAUCAAACCGAUUUACAGAGUGUUGUCACUUUUCAAUGACAUCUGAUCUGUCAUCUCUCAAACUUCUGAAGUUGUUUAAUCCUGACUGCAUCUUUGCUGAGCUGACAACAUAUUUCCCUAUGGAUUAAAUCUUCUAAUCAAGGAGAGAUAACAAGCUGAAAUUUAAGUCUUGUUCUGGAGGAAUUCUGAGAGAUAAGUGUGGUGCAUUCUGAGUUGAAAGAAGUGCAGUGUUCUGAGAGUCUCUUCAUGUGCUGAUGGUUCCCUUUGGCCUUAGAUCCUCGAGCUCUUUGCUCUACAAAUAAAUGUUACCUAUUCGCCUUUUCCCUCUGACUCUCAGGCUUGGCUAUCACUGAACAAAGACUAGUUUGACCACUGACCCUCCCUGUCCCUCCUAGAGCAUUGCCCUGACAUAUAUUUCAUAGAAGAUACCUGCAGACCAUGUACAUGAACACUCACCUUCCCUGCCUCACCCUCCUCCCUGAUGACAAACACUGUAGUAGGUUGUGCCCAGAAAACCCAUGGUGAUCCCUGAUCAUUUCAACUUAAGAAAAUGGGCAAAGAAUGUACCCAUGCAAUUGAAUGUAUCUUGUUCUUCACUGGCAUAGUAGACAUGAACUACUCCUUUACCUGCCUUGAACUGCCUUAUCCUGGAAAUAUUAGGGAAAACAAGCCAUAUCAGUGAGAUUUAACUAAAAAAUAAAACAAAACAAAACAACAAAAAAAAAAGGGAAUGCAAGUCACUGUGAAAACCAAGUGGACUAACUUUUUUAACUUGCCCAGAGUCAGGGUGCCUGAGUUCUAGUUUGUACUCAGUCAGCUGGUGGAUUUGUGACCUUCGGUCUUGGUUUUCUCACCUGGGAGAAAGUCAUGAACUUUAAAAUUCUUCCCAUCCUUAAUAUUGUACUAGUUUGGGGGCAGGGGAGGGGGGGAUCUGUUCCUUUUUGAUGGUUUCUUUCAUAUUCAAAUUUCUAGCUUUAUUAAACAGAAAUUAUGGCCCUCAACAGUUAGGAAAAGCAUAUUUGGUUUUGAGUCAAAACAAGAAUCUGAUAUACUAUUUAUUAACUGUAGAGAAAGGCAGGAUGACAUUGGAAAAAGGAGAGGAACAGCACUGAAAAACUUAAGUGUGACUGGGAAUAAUCUGGAAGGGAAAAGAUUUCAUACACGAAAGUGAUAAUACUGGCUUCAGAGGAAACAAGAAUAUGGCCACGGAACUAGCUGAGCAAAAAAAGGAAGUGAGGGAAGAGAUUAAAAUUAUAAACAUGAAAUUCAUGGGCAGAUUACCUGCUUUGACUUUAUCUAUAGUUUUUUUUGUUUUGUUUUCUCUAAGGCAGCCUCUAGCCAGUCUCCUGAAGUCCUUGCUUUGUUAGCAAUCCAUCUCUCUCUGUUGACUCUCCUUGGAGAAGUACUCUUUGAAACAUAAUGCUGAAUUACCUUCUACACUCAAGGGUAACUCUGAAAAGCUCUGUGGUUGAGAGGCAAGUUUUCUCUCAGAAGGGAAUGAGAGGAAGGUGAGCAGGAGGGGUAGUGGAGGGUUCACAGACCCAGCGGGCAUCAAGCCCUCCCUGGGAAAGUUACCUCAAUUUGUUUGACAGAGUUUCCGAGACACACCCAGAUUGUGGGGGAUUAACCAUGACUGGUCAUUGGCCAAAUGCUACAGUAUAUCUACAAUAAUCCAGCCAGCCCCAAGUAAAUUUAUGUUUGAUCCUCAGUUCCCUAUAUGACUGCCUUAAAUAGGCAAACUGCUGAUCUAAAACUCUUGCUGUAGGCCGAAUACUUUAUGCUGAGCAGGACACUCCUUAAAGUACUUCAGUUUGAAAGAAAGGCUGUAAAGACUCAAAGGAUCAUGACCCUGGGGUCAAAAUGAUUCAUUCUUCUGUAACUAGUUGAGGUACUUAGUGCAUCUCAAGACUCCAUCUCAUAAAACUCAAUCAGGAGGGAUUUACCCUGGAUUUCUUUUUUCUUUUUUUUUUUUUUUUACAUUUUCUCUUAUAUCGUCUGGGCUUUCAUAUCAAGUGUGGACCUGAUUGAAACCCCUCACAGGGGGGAGACUUCCCAGUAAAGGAGAACACACCUGUACGACUGGGAUUCUUAUUUAUAAAUCACUUCACUUUGGGGGAUGAGUGGUGUGGGAGUGUCCGUGUGUGUGUGCGCGCGCGUGUGUGUUUGUAAUCCUCAAGUGUACUUUGCUCUUCAAUUUAGAUGUGCAGUAUUUCCAGAAUAGUGAAAAAAAAAAUAAGAUCUUUUCUUCUUUAUGAUUCUGCUCAAAACACCACGUGCUGCCUCAGAGCUUUUUCUAGUCAAAUGAGCCUUGGUCCUCAAUGACGUGCUUGCUGUGUUGAUGCCUCAGCUCAGUGAUACCCCCUCACCUGUGCCCCAAGUGACACCUCUUCCGUCUGCAGCGCAGUCGUCAGUCAUCGGGGUGGACCGCCAGGCUCGGCUCUGCUCCAGCAACGCCAUUCUCAUUGCUCUUCUGUGGACAGGUGCCCAAGUCUUGGCACCUCCACAACACUAAGCCCCCAAGAGACUCAGCCUCCACGGAACUGCUGAGAACCCUCAAAGCAUGUCAUUGUCAGUGAUCCAUUUUUAUUCUCUGGAACUCUAACCUAUUUGUGUCAUAUUGACCUUUUGAUGCAUGAGUCAUAAAUUAUGAAAUCGGUCUUAUGGUUUUUGAAAUGUAGCCAGCAUUUGUAAGGCUAAACCUUUUUCACAAACUGAAUUUAAGUGAAUAACCAAGCCACAGUUCUUCUCCCAAAGGAGAGUGCUUACAGACAUUUGAAUCUCUUUGCCCUUUCCAACAGCUAUGGCAUCAGGUUCUAAAAUAAGCUUGUAAUUUUUCCUGUUAUUUUAAUAAUAUGGAAAUAUUAGCAUAGUGUUUCUUUUGAUAGUGAUAGAUUAUAAUCCAUAUUUAAAUUUUAUAGAGAAGAAAUUUUAUUGUACUGUGAUGUAGAUAUUUAUUAUCCAGGUAAGGAUUUGCCCGGUGUGUAUUUUUUACAAUUGAAACAUUUUACUUUAAUCUUUAAAAAAAAAAUACAUUAAAAACAGACACAAAAAAAAAAAAAACCAGACUGGGGGUAAAAAGGUUUGGCCUUAUCACAGAAUUUUUACUGUGCUGUAUAAAUGUUUGCAAAUGCAAAAAGUGUGCAUUUCUAGUGUGUUUCCACAUUAAUUAAUGCCGCCUUCAAGAGCAAUAUCGUGCAGGUAAAACGCUGUUUGUGGCUUUCUGUUGCACAGUUAAAGCUGACCCACCUUAUGCACAAGACAAUCAAAUAUAAAUCUGUCCUCCUCAGGAUGCAGACAAUACUCAUGUAAAUUACGGAGCACAAUGUAAGACAAAAGAUGACACUUUAUUUAAUUCACAAGUAUUGUUGCUAUAAAAGAUAUAAGGGCAUGAAUGAGCUGACAUUACACCACUUCUUUGUUUUGGUUCUUCCUAAUUAACUUGGCAUUUUUCAUUGGAUUAUAGAGCCAAAUUAGUUCUCUAUGCUUUCCCUAGAGAAAACACGUUUCCCCCCCACAUGAUGUCUUCAUGCCCUGAGAAUCAGAAAAGUACUACAGAAUAGGAAAAGAUUUACAGUCAUGGGAAGAUAUGUGUUUUGCAAACAGUGUUAAGUGAUAUUGCUAGGUUGGUAAUAUUUUUUUCAACCUAAAACUCUGUUAAAAUCUGUGAUCAAAAUGUUUUAAACUAUCCAAAAAGAAAAUUUGUAUAUUUGGGAAAAAUGAAUUUUUACAUAGCUUUUGUAUGCAGAUAUUAAAUUGUAAUUAUGAAUAUAGUGGGCAUAGAUAAACUCAUAAGCUUCAAUUCUAAAAAAGAAAAAAAGAAAAAGCUUAUAACUGA